UUGUUGCUUUAGUUGUUGUUUCUCGUCUUGUUAUUCUGAGUGUUCACGACUUAUCAGCACCUGACCUUUCAACACUAUUCAGCAACAACAGUCGCCACUAGCGUGUUGUUUUUGGUUUGCUCUUUUUUUUAAUGUUCUUUAAUUUUUCCUCGUUUCAUGAUGAGGCAGAUUGCUGGCUUUUAUAAAUAUUUACAUUGUUGGCACACAACGAAUAGCUGGUACGUUGGAGCUGUUAGCUAGUGGCUGGCGUGAGGAGGAGCGCCACUGAUCCGUCUGGGCUGAAGUUUCAAGAACAACUGACGUUUCGAGGCAUAAAAAGUCGGCAUAUAAAUUGUCGACUGUGGAAAUGUACAUAAAAAAUGUAUGUAUCGCACCUUUGAGGUAAUUUUCGACUCUUUUCCUUACCACUUCCAUUCAGAAAUCUUAAACGGUAAAUUGGAGAUCCAAAACAAGACUGGCGAUACAUAUUUGGACAUUGCUUUGGAAGUACAUGAAGAUCUCGAUAAUAUUUAUCUUCAAUACGCCAUCGCUUUAGACUUGGGCGAAAGCAACAAUACAACACUCGUGAAUCGUACGAUAAAUUAUUGCAAGUUUCUUAAGCAGCAUUCAAUGGAGCCACUACUACGUAUAAUUUACGAAGAUUUACUGAAACAGGGUAACUUCAUCAAGCGAUGUCCUGUUAAGAAGGGUAACUACACAGUGCGCGGAUACCGUAUCGAUGAAGAGACGUUGCCGAGUUAUGUGCCUGAAGCUAAAUUUCUCGCAGACUUCAAGUUGCUCCACACCAAUGGACAGGUGUUAUUCGAGGGUCAGCUACAUGGCAAGAUCGAUAAAUCGAAAGGAUUCAACAAUUUUAAAAGCUUCAGUUUGGGUUGAUGAGAUAAGCAGAAUGUGAA